UGGCUGCACUGCGCAUGCGUGAAGGCGGCCAAAUUCAAAACUCAAAACGUUAGCAGCGAUGCUCGUUGACGUUAGCUGCCGUUUGUAGUCUUACACGUCGAGCUAGGAAAACAAGAGAUAUGAAAACUAUUCAAACUAUUACUACAAGUUAUAACUAAUUUUAAAAAAACGUUUUAAAUAAUGGAGCCUUUGGAUCCUUUCAAGAAUGAGGGGAGCAGCGGACCCUUCAAACGGCGCAUUUCUUCGAUUUUAAAGGCACCACGGAAGUCAAUCAUAGUACCUGAACCAGAGCAAAAGGAAAAUGUGGUGGAGUGUGCCAAACCAGUGGAAAAGAGGAACUCUAGAAGAGUCAGUUUUGCCCCUGCCAACGAUGUUCUUCUGUUUUCAAAGGAUGCUAAAAAUGUCUCGCCUGCUCGAAGUCCUUUACAGGAGUUAAUGACAGCAACAGCAGCAGACUCACAAAACAGGGUCCAGUUUGCAGUCACAGAAAAUGGGAUUCAACAAAUUACCGGAAUGGAAACCCUGUUGAAAGCUCCUCUGCAUACUUUUCAACAAAGGGAUAUGGUCAUCCCUGAUGCUGGGGUUAAUUUUGGGGAGAAAACGGUGAUGUUUUCUACAGACGAUGCAUUCAUGGACAUGACCCACAGUCACACAAUAAACAUCGCCAAUGAUGCAGAUGUGGUUGCAGAUAUUUCCAUGCAAAACUACCAUAUUUUACCCACUGGAGGAGAGAAAAUGGUGAUGUUCACUCCAGAUGACAGAUCCAUGGAUAAGACCGUAAACACACAGAGUGGAUCAGCAUCCCUACCCACCAGUGGGACCAUGGAUUUAAGAGCAGAGAAGAAAAACACAGCCUCAUCCGUGCCUUCUCUGGAUUCUGAAUUUGCAAGCUUCCUCGCUGGUCUCUCCAAACCAAGUCGCCCUAAUGUUAACCCUGCCAUUGCCAGAUCAACGCUUCCUGCUGGAGCAUCUUCUGGAGAAACAAACAACUCCCUUUCCCAGCGUAAAACACAACAAGCUGAUGUAGAUAAAGAAAAUCAGGCUCCUUCUGUUCCAGCUGUGUUUGAGAAGACCAUAAAUGAGUCGAUUGCACUCUUCCCAGAGGACGAUGCGAGCAUGGAUAUGACAGAAGCUCAGACAGGCCGCAUUCAGGCUUUCACUGACGAUGAUGAUGAUGAUCCCUUUCAGUGUCUUUUUCCCUCACAAGAAAUGUACUCCCAACUUGAUGGUAAAGUGUCCCGGACAGCAGAGAAGAACAAACAGCAGCAGAGCAGGAAAACGCUGUCAUCAUCCAACGUAUCCAAAGAAAUGACAUCCCUACGAAAUCCUCCUUUGCGUGCUUCUCUUCCAGGACACCGGGCCAACCUUGACACAAAAGAUGAAUACAGAGAUAAAACAAUAAGGUUCACUGCAGGUGAUGACUUCAUGGACAUGACGCAGAGUCACACUAUAAACAUUGCCAGUGGUUCAUUUCCCCCUCCAGAUAGAACCUCAGACACCCUACAGACAGGUAGAAAAACAGACAAUGCUUUAUCUCAGUGCAAGAGGAAAACCGAGGGCUCGUCAACAAAUGGUGUGGAUGUGGGAUUUAAGAACUUCCUUGCUAGUCUCUCCAAAUCAAACGGCCCAGGUGAUAAUCCUGCAAAUGCCACAGGGAUUCCUCCCACUGCAGCAACUCCCAAGAGCUUUGGAGAAGCUUUUAAAAGAGGUCCUGAAAAUGAUGUUAGCAUGACUGGUCCUCCUGGCUCAGAUGACCCUUUUCAGUAUCUUUUCCCCACUAAAGAUAUGAACCCAAACAGUGACAGUCUGAAGAGUGCAGAGAUGACCUCAGGACUGAAGAACAGUAAAGGUCGGGGAUCAUCUAAAUAUGCAGGAACAGACACUUCUUUGAAGUCAUCUUUAAGGACAAAGGUUCAAGGAAAUCAGGUCAAAUUUGACUCUGAAGAAGACCAAAGAGAGAGAACCGUGAGGUUUUCUGCAGAUGAUGGAUGUAUGGACGAGACAAGAAGCCACACAGUAAACAUUGUCCGAGGAGUAGAACUGCGGCCAAACCAAAUUUGGACUGCUUUCCUGCUUUUGGGGAGCAGACCGUGAGGUUCACUGCAAAUGAUGCAGCUAUGGAUAUGACACAAAGUCAUACUGUGAACAUCGCAGCUGAACUGGAACUGCAGUCGCUCCAACAUACAGGCGUGUUACCCCCUCGUGGAGAGACAACAGUGAGGUUCACUGCAAAUGAUGCAGCUAUGGAUAUGACACAAUGCCUGACUGUAAAUAUUGCCAGGAAUGAUGUUUUGGAUUCAGCUCCAUCCGACCUGCCUGGAAACAAUACAAGCAUGAAAAUGAAUGAAGAAGGAGACGUUGAUGUUAGCAUGGACAUGACCGAAGCUCAAACAGGCCGCAUUUUUGAAAUGCCAGGUACAGAUGCUUCUCCUCAGAAAAAAGAAGGGAUGAAGUCACAGCUGCUGCACAGCGGAGGAUCAUUGGGACGAAAAAGUUUGGACACUUCAUUGACGGCUUCUUUGAGGACAAAGCCACAAAGGCAACAGGUCAAGUUUGAUUCAGAAGAUGACUGCGGAGAGAAGACACUACGGUUCACUGCCGACGAUGCGGCUAUGGAUGUGACAAGAAGCCACACUGUGAACAUUGCAACUAACUUCAUCCGACAACCACACCAAAGUGAGGACUCUUUACCAGCAUGUGGAGAGAAGACCAUGAGGUUUACUGCAGAUGAUGCAGCUAUGGAUAUAACAAGAAGCCUCACCGUAAACAUUGCGGCCAAUUUCAAACCACAGUCACACCAAAUGGUGGACGGAUUGCCUGCUUGUGGGGAGAAAACACUGAGGUUUUCUGCAAAUGAUGCAGCUAUGGAUGAAACAAGAAGCCACACUGUAAACAUCGCAACUAACUUUGUCCAACAACCACACCAAAGUGAGGACUAUUUACUGGCCUGUGGCGAGAAGACAAAGAGGUUCACUGCAGAUGAUGCAGCUAUGGACAUGACAAAAAGCCUCACCGUAAACAUUGCUGCCAACUUUAAACCACAGUCACACCAAAUGGUGGACGGAUUGCCUGCUUGUGGGGAGAAAACACUGAGGUUUUCUGCAAAUGAUGCAGCUAUGGAUGAAACAAGAAGCCACACUGUAAACAUUGCAGCUAACUUGAAACCACAACUACAAGAUGACCUGGACCUUUUGCCUACUUGUGGAGAGAACACAAUGAGGUUCACUGCAAAUGAUGCAGCUAUGGAUGUCACAAAGAGUCACACUGUAAAUAUUGCGACCAAUUUUGACCCACAGCCACACAAAACUGCGGAUGUUUUGGCUUCUUGUGGAGAGAAAACCCCGAGGUUCUCUGCAAACGAUGCAGCCAUGGAUGUAACCCAAUGUCUCACUGUAAAUAUUGCAAGAAAUUCAGAGUCAGAUUCAGUUCUUUCACUUCAAGAAUCCAAUAUUUUAUCCACCCAGGACAAAGAUGAUUUUCCCUUAACCGGGAAGAGGAUGGAAACUGAGCCAUGUCAUCAGCGUAAGAACAGAUCAUUAACAGCCCGUACCUUGGAUCCAGGAUUUAAAAAUGUCCUGCCUAAAAGAAGUGGCCUCUUCAUUAAUUCUGGCGUCACCAAUGUAUCCUGUCAAGAAACUGUUGACCCAAAUGGUUUCCAAGACCAACCUACAUUAGAAACAGCAGCUUUUGUUUCAGUUGUCGCAGAGAAACCAGUCAAUAAAACAAUGACAGAGGAUGAUGUAACUAUGGAUCUCACAGAGGCUCAAACAGGCCAAAUUCUAAGGGAGACAUGUACAGAUGAAUACCCUCAAGUUCUCACAUCCACACAGGACAUGAACCCCAAUUCUGACCAUUUUGGGAAAACAGAGAUGACAUCACAGACCAAUGAAGCACCAGGAUCAUCCAUCUCUAAAGGCAAUACAAUCACAAACCGUCCAGAUUCUGUUGACUCAAAUGAAAGUGACACAUGGAAAGAGUCUGAACCGAGACUUCAAGCUGGCUCCUUAUCUAAAAAAGAGAGUUCACCUGCUGCUGUUGACCAUGAUGUGGAUGCAGCACCUUCACGAAAGUCUCGACGAAUGAGUUUGGCUGAUCUGCACUCCAAAAUGAGACGUCUGAGCCAUCUGAUUAAUACAGCUCCUGAUACUGUAGCCAUGGACAGCUGCACUGCACCUUUGCCUGAGUCGGAAAACAAUAUGGACCAAAGUCAGAAAGAGAGAACCAAAACUUUACCUGUAGUGGAGGCUGAACUUGAAACUGGUUUGGCAAACCUGAAUGAAAAUACACAAGAGCAAACCUCUACCAUCACUACAACUCCUUUCAACUUGAAGACUAAACAACUCAUCUCAAGACUCUCAGUCGGAAGCUUUAAGGCAAAACUCCCUCAAAGAACCAAACCAGACGAUCAAAAGAAGAUGAAUCCUGUUGGAGAGCAUACAAGAACAAUGACUUUGAGUGUUACCAAUCAACUCAACAACUUUGACGCUGACGUGAGUGAUAUCAAUGAUGAAGAGCUUGAUAGCUAUGAAGACAUGUCAGAAACCAUUGACUCGAGGACUCCUCAGAAAACCAACAAACAACUCAGUCCUUCUCAGAAGUUCAACCUGGAGGAGCCUUUACAGGAUGAUGUCUUUGAACAGGACUUUAUAAGUGCUGUCAACGGAAAGAAGAGGCCUUUACCAGUGGAGGAAAAUAAUAUGGGGGAGAAUGAGAAGAGGAUAAGAGCAUCCACUGAGAUGACUGAUGGCAUUAAAAUGGGAUUUCAGUCUCCUGUAGAUGGAGAUGUGGCUUCAGAGUGUGACGGUACCAUCACCACAGCUUCAAGUAUGACUACACGGAACAAAGAUUGCUCCAACAUCAGUCACACAGGCGGCAGAUGUGACGCUACAUCUGAAUCAACUUUCAAACAAAGUCUGUUUGAAUCCCAGCUUGAAGAAUAUGCCAGUGAUAUACAGCGGAAAUUUGAUGACGGCUCCAUAACAGUGUCAGAGUUCUUUAAACUCUUCAACAUAGACUUUGUCAUCCACAAUCCUCGGCAAAGUGUCAAUCCUGGCAGACUUAUGUCAGACACCGAUUGCACCCCCAUGGAUGUACUGAAAGAUAGGCACAUCUUCCGACCCAAACAGAUGGUGUAUGAAUCAGAUGUCCUGAACCUCACAGAGAAGGUGGAAGGGUUGAAGGUGAGAAUGCGGGACCUGGACAAGCCUCUGAGGAUCGUUAACAGAGCUUUGUGGGAAGAAAUGAGAAACGCGUCAGAGAAAGAGCUCAAAUCUUUUGGUGCGAAACUAAAAGAAAGAAAUAACUUCUUCAGAAAGACGAGCAAAGUUCAGUCACAUGGCACAAAGGAGAUCCUGUACUUGCAACUUGUGCAGGCGAAUCUGGAGGAGCAACAGAAGUUGAGAGGAAGGAUCGAGGAGGCAGACGAGAUGAUAAAAAGUUUGGACGACUGUAUUCAUGAGUUAGAAACAGAACUUGCUGUAGUUGAACAAAAGGGAUCAGAAGACAGGCCGAGUCUGAAAUCAACCCAGGAAGAGCUGCAGAAAGUCACUGAGACUCUGGCAGAUAAUGACAGACAAUUAUCCGAGCUGGAGAUGCAGAAAACGCAGAAUUCAAAUAAACUCACGCGGCUGAAAACUGAGACGAAGAACCUCGAGAGCCGCGUCACCGCACUGAACAUGUUGAAUGAAUGGAGGCUAGGAGAGAAGAGGGACAACUGCACUGUCUACACUUUCCUAUACGAGACCUUCCACCUGCUGCUGGAGUUUGACAAAUCCAACGAAAAUGCUGCUGAAAAUCAGUCUGAGAGGAAAAUAUCAAACAUCACGUUCAAACUUCAGCUUGAUGAUGAGAAGUCUCAGGAUCACGCCCGCCUGGUUCAAAAACUGCUCUCUGAGUACAUCAAGGGAGAAACUUCCUGGGUGGAGAGAUAUCCAACCAGCAGACACGUUCCAACGCUGCUCCAUGACGUGGGCCUGGUUGUGAGUCGCUGUCGUCUGCUGGGAGAGGAGCUGCGCCUGCUCAAAAUGUGGGGGGGUCUGAAGCUCAAUAUUCUCAACAUCAGCUGUGUGGACACUCAAGUGCACAUCGUCUUCAGCAGUCUCAAGACACUUUCUAAGUUCGAGGUGAUCUUGUCCGUCCGUUUGACCAACCAGCUCUGCGUCCUUGAAGUGCAGAGCUUCAGGAACAUGAUCGGAGGCACAACAAUUGAACAGAUCGAAGAGAUCGUGGCAUCAUUCAGUCCAGCCAAGAACCUGCUGACGAGGAUCGUUAAAAAGAUUCAUGAAAGUCUGCUCUGCUGAGACCAGGAAGUUGUCUUGUUUGGAUUUUUGUAUAUAAAGGUUAAGAAAAAAAAACGUUUUUGUACAAUAAUAAAUAAAUUGCUUUUAUCUUUGAUUAAAAAAAUGAACGUAGUGUACAGGGUUUUGUUCUCUCCACCUUGGUAUGUAAAUACUUUUUUUGUUCUCAUGAUGGAUCUGUGACCCGUUCAAUAAAAUUUUGUACCAACAGUCA